AUGUAUGCCGGCCUUUCUGGACCUCACCAAGGCCUCCUCGAAAUGGUCGACGAUAUCAUCCUGGAAUGCCUCCUCGGUCUUAUUGUUGGAGUAUACAACUCUUGCUUGAGAUUUGUUACCGAAAUCAAGUUCGAAGCGGCCAUACACGGGUCUACUGGUCAACACACCGUCACCAGGGUCCGCAACUCCCCAUGCAAGGAUGUCAUGCAUUGCAGUAGCGGCACCGACACACCGGACCAUAUCUGGGGUGAUGGGGCUGCUAGGAGUUAA